UCUGUUGUGUCCCCAUCUAACCCAUCAAAGUUUUUUCAAACCCCCAGACAGAGAAAAAAAAAAAAAGAAUUAAAAAUACACACAAAAAAGAGGUAGAAGAAAGAAAGAAGGAAAGCCUGCUCAAGAUUUCAGUUUUCAUUUGGUUAGGGUUUUAGUUCAGUAAUCGGAGAUGGCGGUGGUGGAGAGCGGCGCGUCGCAGGAACUGAACGAUCGGUUGAUGAAGCUUCACCAAUUUCAGACGGGGCAUAUCACCGGAGAGCCGGGCGAUCGCCACCACAACAAUCAGCAGCGAUCUGGAAUUUCCGGCGAAGGGGACGAAGGGUUUAAGAGGGAGAUGAGAGAAUUGGAGGAAAUGUUCUCGAAGCUCAAUCCCAUGGCGCAGGAAUUCGUGCCUCCUUCACUAGCUAAUCCCAACACAACCUUGACCGGCGGAUACCUUUCCGACAGCAUAGCUUCCGCUAAUUUCAUGUACUUCGCCGGAAACAACGCUAAUUUGGGCCGACGAGGGAAGAAGAAAGGCAGUAAUCAGGCUAAGAGAAGAGUCAGCAGCCGAACUGGUAUGGCUCAACGAGAAGAGGUCAUUCGAAGGACUGUCUAUGUAUCAGACAUUGAUCAUCAGAUUACAGAGGAGCAGUUAGCAGCCCUCUUUCUUGGUUGUGGACAGGUUGUGGAUUGCCGUGUUUGUGGGGAUCCGAAUUCUGUUCUCCGUUUUGCUUUCAUUGAGUUCACUGAUGAGGAGGCUGCUCGAGCUGCGCUGAAUCUCUCUGGAACUAUGCUCGGGUAUUACCCUGUGAAAGUACUUCCUUCAAAAACUGCGAUUGCUCCGGUUAACCCCACUCUUUUACCUCAGACUGAAGAUGAACGUGAGAUGUGUGCAAGAACAGUAUAUGUGACGAAUAUUGAUAAGAAGGUUUCUCAGGCCGAUGUGAAGCUCUUUUUCGAAACUGUUUGUGGAAAGGUUUAUCGUUUGAGGCUGCUCGGGGAUUAUCACCAUUCCACACGCAUUGCUUUUGUGGAAUUCGCUGUAGCAGAAUGUGCAAUCGCGGCUCUCAACUGUAGCGGCGUGAUAUUGGGUUCGCUUCCAAUUAGGGUAAGUCCGUCGAAGACACCUGUUCGCCCGAAAGCUGCGCCUCGCCCGUCGUCUCAUUGAUACAUGACAUGUUUGAAGGCUUUCCUUCGUCGAUGAUCGGGUAAUGUAACAACCACCUCUGUAAAUGUGUGCUUUUCACAUGACUUUGUUCUGUGUCUAUGAUUCCGAGAACAUCAUUGUGUAUGUGAGAAUCAGACCGUAUCAGGCUGUAGGAGAGUUUCGAUAUUUAUUUUUAGAAACAGAAUUCGCUCGCUUUCAAUGUGUAUGUGUAUAAUUUGUUAAGAUA